AUGACGGUCUACUACAUUCCGCCCUACGACGGCGUCAGUAAGGUGACUGCAUUCAAGCCAGGCUUCCGCAUGCUCGCCGGCAAAUCCGCACUUCGCAACACGACCGGCGAGUCUUUUGGCAUAUGCCACCGCUGCGUCAACAAAGACUCCGUCCCAUUUGGUGGCGCACCCUGUAUAGACGAUGACACUACAUUCCUGCCAACACGAAUGUGCGAGGGCGGUAUCCGCACGCAAGUCACUUUCCCCACAUGCUGGGACGGCGUCAACCUCGAUUCACCUGAUCACCAAAGCCACGUAGCUUACGCUGAGAUCCCAUAUGAGCCGUAUGCACCACCGGCGGGUUCACAGAAUCGAGGAAGAUGUCCAGCAAGCCAUCCAGUCCAUCUGCCACAGAUCAUGUAUGAAGUCAUGUUCGAUACUACACCGUACAACAAGGCGGAACUCUGGGGUGCAAACGGAACUCAGCCUUUUGUAUACGCUAUGGGUGAUGCGUGA